AUGAUGGGGAAGCCAUCUCAGCACUUGCUUUCAGCAUUUCCUGCAACCGACGCUGAGCCAUCAGACGACGCCCUCGACUCCGCCCGUACCGGCGUCAAGAAACCAAAGAAGACACCGGCAAAGCGUCGGGCACUCAGUUGCCUGCCAUGUCGUAGACACAAGCUAAAAUGCAACCGCCAUGUACCGUGCCACUCAUGUGUGCGCUACCGCAGGGAAGACCAAUGUCGUCUCAAUCCACCGCCUUCGUCUGUCAUGAGAGGAGGAGUUCCUCUCCAUUCGCAAGCCCAUCACCCACCAGACCAUGCGCCGGCGCCGGCGACUGCUCCUGCUCCUGCUCCUGCGCCUGUACCUGUACCUGUACCUGCAUCUCUUCCUUUCCAACCGCUUCCUACUCAAUUGACACCCGCCGCACCCUUGCAAUGCAAACCACAACCAUCUUAUGCACUUAACUCCACCGAAACAGACCGGACGGAAACUAUCCUCUUUAAAAGCGCUCGUAGAGUGUUACUUGAAACUCCGCUGGCCCAGAGUAUCGCUAGUCUUCCGCAGAAUGUAUUUGGAGUCUCUACUCUUCCGCCAUUCAUACCACUUUUGCUCAGUGAGCAAUCUCAACGGCCUAUUGACGACAACGAGACUGCGACUUUUUGGCGUGCACAGCUCGUCUCCAUGCUCCCCUUGCGCCAUCAAUGCGACCUAAUCGUCACUUACUAUAUAGAUGAGCUGAAUUUUGUAUACCACUCAGUACACGCUCCAUCGUUUCGAGAAGAUUACGCUGCCUUUUGGGACACAGACGUUAAGGAUAUCGAUAUAAUCUGGCUCUCCUUCUUAUACGCUAUCCUCUCCGUGAGCGCCGUAUUUAUUCCGUUUCCUGAUAUAAAAGCCGUCGGGCUGGAUGCAGAAACUAUACGCAAAAAGGCUCACCUAUGGCAUUGGGCAUCCAGACAGGCGCUGAGUGCUGGCCAUUAUGAGUCGCGGCCAUGCUUGACGCAGUUAGAAACUUUCCUCGUGACACAGUUGUAUUGGUUAUCAACCAAAAAUGUCGAGGCUAUGAACUCCUUCCAAUCAAUGUGUAUGAGCCGAACGCCGCUCAUCCACUGCCCUGCCCCCAAAAUCCCGUUCCCUGCCAACUGCAAUGACGAAGAUAUCACCGAGUCAUUCACUGAAGGGAGGCCUAUCGAAGAGCCUACAGAGACAAGCGCCAAUAUUCUCCGCGCUGAAGUAUUUUUGGUCAUGCGCAAACUCUUCGAUAGUGGCUUUGAAUACCUGUCCUCUUACGAAUAUGUGCGGUCAGUUGACACAGAACUCGCAAAUCUUACCCGCAACUUUCCAUGGUACUUCCAGCUCGAUGAAAAUGGCAAAUGUGCAAAUCUGCCUGAAAACCAGGACUAUAUCUUGUGGCAAUUUCACCUGCUUCAUAGUUGCAUCUGCAUGCAGCGCAUCCGCAUGAAUCGACCUUUCAUCCACGCGCGUAUUGGCGACUCCUGGGCUGUUUGCGCCAAAGCUGCCAACGAAGUCCUAGCUGUUUACCAAAGCAUGCGUAACCCAGAUGUCGAGGAGUUCCCUGAUGCCUCAAUCGCUGUGGGCGGCAGGAAUACAUUGAUCAAGAUGUUGGAUAUGUACGACCGCCGUCAGCAGAAGGAGCCAGUUGAGCCCGAAUCUCUCAUACCUGAGAUAUCUGCAGUCUUUGGUGGCGAGCAGACUACACGCAAAUAUCUGAAGCGAUGCGAAAUCGGCUACGUUCUCAAUGAGGAUGGGCAUGCUAGCCCUAGUUCGAUGAAUCCCAGAGGCAGCGUUGCUACUCCCAACGCGCACACCUACGGCACCAACACUCCCGGCUCCUAUACGUACAAUCAGCCCAAUACGUCGGCAACGGAAGUGAGCGAAAUGCCUCAGGCCCCUUCAUAUGUUGCUCCAAACCCGUCGUUCUCAGACUUUGAUCCCGCUCGGGUACAACCAAAAGCCUACAUCCCACAUCCUACCACUACUAGUCAAGGCCUUGCCAAUACUAGCAUUGCUCAACCUCUUCCGAAUAUUGACAUCAACCAGCCUCUACCCAAUACUAGCAUCAAUGCCAUCGGCCAGAGUGAUGACCUUGAUCUACUUAAUUGUUUCUAUAGCAACCCGAUUCCUCUCGACCUGGGUUUCGAUGGGCCUUGGGAUUUCCUCCUUACCGACCUAACAUUUCAAUCGUGA